AGUAAUUCCGAGGGCGGGCGAGCGGGCCUGGACCAGCAGAGCCCACUUCUCUCUCCGCCGCGCAGCGCAAAGCUGGGCAGGGGGCGCCGCGAGACCCGCGCAGCCACAGCCGGCUCGGGGAGCUGUUCCCCCCCUUUUUCUCCCCCUUUCUGGAAGUGUUUGUGCAGGGGUUGGGGAAACAGACGCAAACAGCAAAGUGGAAAACAGUUAAUGACCAGCCACGGAGUCACAGCUCUGUGCUCUGGCUGCUUCCUCCAGGGCUCUCAAGCCACACACGCAGGUCGCUGUGGGUGCUGGCAGAGGUAACAUGGCUUGUUGGACUCAGUUAAGGCUGCUGCUGUGGAAGAAUCUGACGUUUCGAAGAAGACAAACAUGUCAGCUGAUACUGGAAGUGGCCUGGCCUCUAGUUAUCUUCCUGAUCCUGAUUGCUGUUCGCCUGAACUACCCACCCUACGAACAACACGAGUGCCACUUUCCAAAUAAAGCCAUGCCGUCUGCAGGAACCCUUCCCUGGGUACAGGGGAUUAUCUGUAAUGCCAAUAACCCUUGCUUCCGUUAUCCAACUCCAGGCGAGGCUCCUGGUGUUGUUGGAAACUUUAACAAGUCCAUUGUGUCUCGCCUGUUCUCAGAUGCUCAGAGGCUUCUUUUGUACAGCCAAAAAGACACCAGUGUUAAGGACAUGCACAAGGUCCUGAGAACAUUACGGCAGAUCAAUCAUCCCAACUCAAAUUUGAAGCUCCAGGAUUUCCUGGUGGACAAUGAAACGUUCUCUGGAUUCCUACAACACAAUUUGUCCCUUCCAAGGCCUACUGUGGACAGCUUGCUGCAGGCGGAUGUCAGUCUCCAGAAGGUAUUUUUGCAAGGCUACCAGUUGCAUUUGGCCAGUCUGUGUAAUGGAUCAAAGUUAGAAGAAAUAAUUCAGCUUGGUGAUGCAGAAGUUUCUGCCCUUUGUGAUCUACCUAAGGAAAAGCUGAACUCAGCGGAGCGUGUGCUGCGCUAUAACAUGGACAUCCUGAAGCCAAUCGUGACAAGACUGAACUCCACAUCUCCUCUCCUGACCCAGCAUCUGACUGAAGCCACUCAAACGUUGCUUGACAGCUUAGGGGGGCUGGCCCAAGAGCUGUUCAGCACAAAGAGCUGGAGUGACAUGCGGCAGGAGGUGAUGUUUCUGAACAACGUGAACAGCUCUAGCUCCUCCACCCAGAUAUACCAGGCUGUGUCCCGCAUCGUCUGUGGUCACCCAGAGGGUGGGGGCCUGAAGAUCAAGUCUCUCAACUGGUAUGAGGAUAACAACUACAAAGCCCUCUUUGGAGGGAAUAGCACCGAGGAAGACAUGGACGCCUUCUAUGACAAUUCUACAACUCCUUAUUGCAAUGAUUUGAUGAAGAACUUGGAGUCUAGUCCUCUUUCUCGAAUUAUUUGGAAGGCACUCAAACCACUGCUUGUUGGAAAGAUUCUCUACACACCUGACACACCAGCUACAAGACAGGUCAUGGCUGAGGUGAACAAGACCUUUCAGGAGCUGGCUGUGUUCCAUGACCUGGAGGGCAUGUGGGAAGAACUUAGCCCCCAAAUUUGGACCUUCAUGGAGGAGAGCCAAGAGAUGGACCUUGUCCGGACGCUGUUAGACAGCAGAGGCAAUGACCAGUUUUGGGAGCAGAAGUUGAAUGGAUUAGAUUGGACUGCCCAAGACAUCAUGGCAUUUCUGGCCAAGAACCCAGAGGAUGUUCAUUCCUCAAAUGGCUCUGUGUAUACAUGGAGAGAAGCUUUCAAUGAGACCAACCAGGCAAUCCAGAUGAUAUCUCGAUUCAUGGAGUGUGUCAACCUGAACAAGCUGGAGCCCAUCCCAACAGAAGUCAUGCUCAUCAGCAAGUCCAUGGAGCUGCUGGAUGAGAGGAAGUUCUGGGCUGGUAUCGUGUUCACAGGAAUCACUCCUGAUAGCGUGGAGCUGCCCCAUCACGUAAAGUACAAGAUCCGGAUGGACAUUGACAACGUUGAAAGAACUAAUAAGAUUAAGGAUGGGUACUGGGACCCUGGUCCCCGGGCUGACCCCUUUGAAGAUAUGCGUUAUGUCUGGGGUGGCUUCGCCUACUUGCAGGAUGUGGUGGAACAGGCUGUCAUCAGAGUGCUGACAGGAACUGAGAAGAAAACGGGUGUCUAUGUGCAACAGAUGCCCUACCCCUGUUAUGUUGAUGACCUUUUUCUACGUGUCAUGAGUCGGUCAAUGCCCCUCUUCAUGACUCUGGCCUGGAUCUACUCUGUGGCUGUGAUCAUCAAGGGCAUUGUCUAUGAGAAGGAGGCUCGGUUGAAGGAGACCAUGCGGAUCAUGGGCCUGGACAAUGGCAUCCUCUGGUUUAGCUGGUUCAUUAGCAGCCUCAUCCCUCUGCUUGUGAGCGCUGUUCUGCUGGUGAUCAUCUUGAAGUUUGGAAACCUGCUGCCCUAUAGUGACCCCAGUGUGGUGUUCGUCUUCCUGAUGGUGUUUGCCACAGUGACCAUCCUACAGUGCUUCCUCAUUAGCACGCUCUUCUCCCGGACCAACCUGUCAGCAGCCUGUGGGGGCAUCAUGUACUUCACGAUGUACCUGCCCUAUGUGCUGUGUGUAGCCUGGCAGGACUAUGUGGGCUUCUCCAUCAAGAUCUUUGCUAGCCUGCUGUCUCCUGUGGCUUUCGGGUUUGGCUGUGAGUAUUUCGCCCUUUUUGAGGAGCAAGGCAUCGGGGUCCAAUGGGACAAUUUCUUUGAGAGCCCGGUAGAGGAAGAUGGCUUCAAUCUCACCACUGCAGUGUUUAUGAUGCUCUUUGAUUCCUUUCUCUAUGGCGUGAUGACGUGGUACAUCGAAGCAGUCUUUCCAGGGCAGUAUGGAAUUCCUAGGCCCUGGUAUUUUCCUUGUACCAAGUCCUACUGGUUUGGUGAGGAAAUUGAUGAGAAGAGCUACGCUGGGUCCCGCCAAAAGGGAGCGUCAGAAAUCUGCAUGGAAGAGGAACCCACUCAUCUGAAGCUGGGAGUAUCCAUUCAGAACCUGGUAAAGGUUUACCGAGAUGGCAAAAAGGUUGCUGUGGAUGGCUUGGCACUAAAUUUCUAUGAGGACCAGAUCACCUCCUUCCUGGGCCACAAUGGAGCAGGGAAGACCACCACCAUGUCAAUCCUGACUGGUUUGUUUCCCCCAACUUCUGGCACUGCCUACAUCCUGGGGAAGGACAUUCGCUCUGAGUUGAGCUCCAUCCGGCGGAACCUGGGAGUCUGUCCCCAACAUAAUGUGCUGUUUGACAUGCUGACUGUCGAAGAGCACAUCUGGUUCUAUGCCCGCCUGAAGGGGCUCUCAGAGAAGCAUGUGAAAGCAGAGAUGGAGCAGAUGGCCCUGGAUGUUGGCUUACCCCCCAGUAAGCUGAAAAGCAAAACAAGUCAUCUCUCAGGUGGGAUGCAGAGAAAGCUGUCUGUGGCCUUGGCCUUCGUGGGUGGAUCCAAGGUUGUCAUUCUGGAUGAGCCCACAGCAGGUGUGGACCCGUACUCUCGCAGGGGAAUAUGGGAGCUUCUGCUGAAAUACCGGCAAGGCCGCACCAUUAUUUUGUCUACACACCACAUGGAUGAAGCAGACAUCCUAGGGGACAGAAUUGCCAUUAUUUCCCAUGGGAAGCUGUGUUGCGUGGGCUCCUCCCUGUUUUUGAAAAACCAGUUGGGAACGGGUUACUACCUGACCCUGGUCAAGAAAGAUGUGGACUCGUCCCUCAGUUCCUGCAGAAACAGUAGCAGCACUGUGUCGUGUCUGAAAAAGGAGGACAGUGUUUCUCAGAGCAGUUCUGAUGCUGGCCUGGGCAGCGACCAUGAAAGUGACACGCUGACCAUCGAUGUCUCUGCUAUCUCCAACCUCAUCAGGAAGCACGUGUCUGAAGCUCGGCUGGUGGAGGACAUCGGGCAUGAACUGACCUAUGUGCUGCCGUAUGAAGCCGCUAAGGAGGGAGCUUUUGUGGAACUCUUCCAUGAGAUUGACGACCGGCUCUCAGACCUGGGCAUCUCCAGUUACGGCAUCUCAGAGACCACGCUAGAAGAAAUAUUCCUCAAAGUGGCCGAAGACAGUGGUGUGGAUGCUGAGACCUCAGAUGGUACUUUGCUAGCAAGACGAAACAGACGGGCCUUUGGGGACAAGCAGAGCUGUCUGCACCCAUUUACAGAAGACGACGCUAUUGAUCCGAAUGACUCUGACGUAGACCCAGAAUCCAGGGAGACAGACCUGCUCAGCGGGAUGGAUGGCAAAGGCUCCUAUCAGCUGAAGGGCUGGAAACUCACCCAGCAGCAGUUUGUGGCCCUUUUGUGGAAAAGACUGCUGAUUGCCCGGCGGAGCAGGAAAGGCUUCUUUGCUCAGAUUGUCCUGCCAGCUGUCUUUGUUUGCGUUGCCCUGGUGUUCAGCCUGAUUGUACCACCCUUUGGCAAGUACCCCAGCCUGGAACUUCAGCCCUGGAUGUAUAAUGAACAGUAUACGUUUGUCAGUAAUGAUGCUCCAGAGGACAUGGGCACCCAGGAACUCCUGAAUGCUUUAACCAAAGAUCCAGGCUUCGGGACCCGAUGUAUGGAGGGAAACCCAAUCCCAGACACCCCUUGCUUGGAUGGGGAGGAGGACUGGACCAUCAGCCCAGUUCCCAAGACCAUCAUGGAUGUCUUCCAAAAUGGGAACUGGACAAUGAAGAACCCCUCACCUACAUGCCAGUGUAGCAGUGACAAAAUCAAGAAGAUGCUGCCUGUGUGUCCCCCAGGGGCAGGAGGACUGCCACCUCCUCAAAGAAAACAGAAAACCGCAGACAUCCUUCAGAAUCUGACUGGAAGAAAUAUUUCAGAUUACCUGGUGAAGACGUACGUGCAGAUCAUAGCAAAAAGCUUAAGGAAUAAGGUCAGGGUGAAUGAGUUUCGGUAUGGCGGGUUUUCCUUGGGUGUCAGUAAUUCUCAGAGUCUUCCUCCAAGCCAAGAAGUCAAUGAUGCUAUCAGGAAAAUGAAGAAACUCCUGAAGCUGACCAAGGACAGCUCUGCAGAUCGGUUUCUCAGCAGCUUGGGAAGGUUCAUGACAGGACUGGAUACCAAAAGCAAUGUCAAGGUAUGGUUCAAUAACAAGGGCUGGCAUGCCAUCAGUUCGUUCCUGAAUGUCAUCAACAAUGCCAUUCUCCGGGCCAACCUACAGAAGGGAGAGAACCUGAGCCAGUAUGGGAUUACGGCUUUCAACCAUCCCUUGAACCUCACCAAGCAACAGCUCUCGGAGGUGGCUCUGAUGACCACAUCUGUAGACGUCCUCGUGUCUAUCUGUGUCAUCUUUGCAAUGUCCUUUGUCCCAGCCAGCUUUGUUGUGUUCCUGAUACAGGAGCGUGUGAGCAAAGCCAAACACCUUCAGUUCAUCAGCGGCGUGAAGCCUGUCAUCUACUGGCUUUCCAAUUUUGUCUGGGAUAUGUGCAAUUAUGUGGUCCCUGCUACACUAGUCGUUAUCAUCUUCAUCUGCUUCCAGCAGAAGUCUUAUGUGUCCUCCACCAACCUGCCUGUUCUAGCCCUUCUGCUCUUGCUGUAUGGGUGGUCAAUUACUCCUCUCAUGUACCCAGCGUCCUUUGUGUUCAAGAUCCCCAGCACUGCCUAUGUGGUUCUCACCAGUGUGAACCUCUUCAUUGGCAUCAAUGGCAGCGUGGCCACUUUUGUACUGGAGCUCUUUACAAGCAAUAAGCUCAAUGACAUCAAUGACAUCCUGAAAUCUGUGUUUCUUAUCUUCCCUCAUUUUUGCCUGGGGCGAGGGCUCAUUGACAUGGUAAAAAACCAGGCGAUGGCAGAUGCCCUGGAGAGGUUUGGGGAGAACCGCUUCAUCUCUCCACUCUCUUGGGACUUGGUGGGACGAAACCUUUUUGCCAUGGCCGUGGAAGGGGUGGUGUUCUUCCUUAUUACUGUCCUGAUCCAGUACAGAUUUUUCAUCAAGCCCAGACCUGUAAAGGCGAAGCUUCCUCCUUUGAAUGAUGAGGACGAGGACGUGAGGAGGGAGAGACAGAGGAUUCUGGAUGGUGGCGGACAAAAUGACAUCCUAGAGAUCAAGGAACUGACCAAGAUCUAUAGAAGGAAGCAGAAGCCUGCAGUCGACAGGAUCUGCAUUGGCAUCCCUCCCGGAGAGUGCUUUGGCCUCCUGGGCGUUAAUGGAGCUGGCAAGUCAUCAACUUUCAAGAUGCUGACUGGAGAUACCAUGGUGACCAGAGGGGAUGCUCUCCUUAACAAACACAGCAUCUUAUCAAAUAUCCAUGAAGUACAUCAGAACAUGGGCUACUGCCCUCAGUUCGAUGCCAUCACGGAGCUGCUGACUGGAAGAGAGCAUUUGGAGUUCUUUGCCCUCUUGAGGGGAGUUCCAGAAAAGGAAGUUGGCAAGGUUGGUGAAUGGGCAAUUCGCAAACUGGGCCUCGUAAAGUAUGGAGAAAAAUACGCCUGUAACUACAGUGGCGGUAACAAGCGAAAGCUUUCCACAGCCAUGGCUUUGAUUGGUGGGCCUCCUGUGGUGUUUCUGGAUGAACCAACCACAGGCAUGGACCCCAAAGCCCGGAGAUUCUUGUGGAAUUGUGCCCUAAGCAUUGUCAAGGAGGGGAGAUCCGUAGUUCUUACAUCUCAUAGUAUGGAAGAAUGUGAAGCUCUUUGUACAAGGAUGGCCAUAAUGGUCAAUGGGAGGUUCAGGUGCCUUGGCAGUGUCCAACAUCUGAAAAACAGAUUUGGAGAUGGUUAUACAAUAAUUGUACGAAUAGCGGGUUCCAACCCCGACCUGAAGCCUGUCCAGGAGUUCUUUGGACUUGCUUUCCCAGGAAGUGUCCUAAAAGAGAAACAUCGAAACAUGCUACAGUAUCAGCUUCCAUCCUCCUUGUCAUCUCUGGCCAGGAUAUUCAGCAUCCUCUCCCAGAGCAAAAAGCAACUCCACAUAGAAGACUACUCUGUCUCUCAGACAACACUUGACCAAGUAUUUGUGAACUUUGCCAAGGACCAAAGUGAUGAUGACCACUUAAAGGACCUGUCACUACACAAAAACCAGACAGUUGUGGAUGUGGCCGUUCUCACAUCCUUCUUACAGGACGAGAAAGUGAAAGAAAGUUAUGUAUGAAGAAUCCUGUUCACACAAGGUGGAUGAAAGGGAGAGCAGAUCUUCCUUUGCACUAUGUCAAGUAUUCUAGAAGAAAGCGUCCUGCAUUUCUGUGGAGAGGAACAAACUGGAUACUGUACUGACACUAUUCAAUGCAAUGCACUUCAAUGCAACAAGAACACAAUUCCAUUACAGGGGCAGCGCCUUUGUAGCCUAUGUCUUGUAUGGCUCUCUAGUGAAAAUGACUUGAAGUUAGUUCAUUACCUUAUACAGAUGUGAAACUCUGGUGUGGAACCAAGCAGACUCUGGGUUUGGAUUCAUACUCUUUUGUUCCUGUGUAUUCUUUCUGGGAUUGCAACAACAAUCCAUCAAAUAGUCAUGGCCAGUGAUAAUCAAAGUCAAAGGCAUGCACAUCCUCAUCCACUAAGCCAUGCUGAACCACAAAACUGGUUUCCCUGUGACACAUCCAUUGCUGGCAAUGAGUGUGCCAGAAUUACUAGUGCCAAGUUGCUCAGAAAGUCUGAAGCACUGAGUGUGUCACACUUUUGUGAAAACCGCCCUGCUGUCUGUCGACAUCAUUAAAUAUCAGGUGACAAAACGGUGCCAAGUGUGACUAAAUCCCCAUUCUCCUUCUCUCUUUGAUGAGCUGCUGUUGUGGCUGUCUUGUGGAAAAUGUGGAUCUCUCUAACCCAGGUACUUGGUUCUCUUGUUCAGUAUUGCCCAUGCUCAUGUCAUGGGUUGUCAGAGCAGCUUUCUGAGACUUUUCCAAACCACAUUAGAUCCUCCUAAGCAACAAAGAUGAGCAGCCAAAUUGCUGGGGCAGCAAGCUGCUGAGUUCAGGGUGUGGCAUGAAAGAUCCAGUGCGUUUAUACGUGGAAGGUCUGGGGCUGUUUGUGCUGACUGUCUGCUAACACAGGAUGGUUAACGUUACAUCUGGAGAUCCUUCAUUAUGUAACAGAAAUGUAGUUCUUUCUAACUGUUUGAAUUAACCUAGAAAAUGAAAGGGUGGCAUCUUAUUUUGACAACAAUGUUUGCAUUGUUAGUAUUAUUUGGAAUUUUAAGUUUUAUCAAUGCUUCUGAAAGCUUAGAACCAUAACUGUGACGCCAGUCACAUAGAGGAAUGUGCCUGCACUGCCUCCUGCCUUAUUUUCCUUGGUAAAUUUGCAGAUGGAAUGUUUGACUAGCGCAGUGACCAGAAAACAAUGAGGCAGUCAACAUCUCAGGCCAUAUUUUAAGAUCAUGUAGAACACUAUUCAUUUCAGGUUGCAGAUUGAGUAUUUUUGGAGUAUAAUCACUAUGUAGAUGCAUAGACAGGAGUGAGAGGGAGCUAGCAGAUUUUCUGUGCCAUUUAUUCAGCUGACUGAUUUACAGAUAUAGGUUAUUUUGUUAAGUGUACUGAAAGAAUAUGGCCACACCCUUGCCUACUUGAUAGCAUCAAUACAAAAGCCAAGAAGGGUCACUAAUCAAUCAACUCUUUUCAGGAGAAAACAGCUAGCUUGAAAUUUCUUGGAUACAAUUUAUGCUUGUGACCUUUGGGACCUUCAAAAUAUGGGCAGACAAUAAGCUCUGCAGGAUGUGAUACAGCCAUUUAAACCUCUGACGAUCUCAAACAGUCCAUCUCUUCAGUCCUUAACCAGUCAUGAAAGCCAAUCAACAAACAAAACUAUUCCACACGAAGUAUUUUUCGGACUUUUCUAACCCAAGUUUAAUUUGUUUUCAUCUUCAAGCAAUGUGAAAAAAACCAUUAUUUGACCAGUGCUCAUUGUCAUCUGCCUUCAUACAGAACAAAAAUAUGAGUGAAUUCCUGUAUUGGGCAAAGUUCAAGUGAGCUUUUUGCUGUCACUGUUUUCUUCAAGUUUUUCUAAAUUUGGAAGAAUAAGGUUUCAGAUUUAUUUCAAAUUAAGUUUAUAUAAUGUUGUUAUGUAACUCAUUUCUUGAAAGGAAAAAUGACGAUUUUGAUACUAAUGUCAACAUAGGUUUCUAAAAUGACAAGGAAAGUGUGUUUCCAAGAGUUAUUGGCAUACCACUGUAUUUUAGGUAUCAAAGAUACAGAAUUAAAAGAAACAAAUCUUUAUUUUUCAAAAUCAAACUUUCGUUGGCUUUCUCAGCCCAUUAUCAUCAUGCUCUAACUUUUCAAUUACUCUGAUUUUUGAGGCCACAUUUAAAAAGAAACAAACAAGAACAAAAGUAAGGCACCAUCUUGAAAAAACUUAAUUCAGUAUAGAUUUAAAAUCUUUCCUGAAGCUGGAGACAAUCUGUAGGUAUUUAUGUUACCUUUUACACGAUCUGAAUAGCAGUCUUCAAUUUUCCUGUGUAAACGUAAUUAUUUUAGAAAUUUCAAAAUCAGUCUUAUCUUCAAAUAAAAUUUUCUUAGAUUCCCUAUGGAGCUGUGCUAUGUGAGUUGAGAAAUUCUCAAGCGCAAACACUUCUGGUUUACUUUUAAAAAAAAUAUAUUGGAGAACUUACUAACUGUGAAUGUGAGAAAGACAAAAGAAAGUGAGUCCUCUCGCUAGACACACCUAGUACAAUUCAUUAUCAAACAAACAAACCUCAAACUACUGUAUUUAGGUGUCUGUACUGCAAGCAUAUGCCUCAUGACUCUUAAAUGUUAUACAUCAUUUGCUCUCUGUAUAGUAGGCAUUGACUUAAAGGGAUUGUCUGUUGUCUUCUCAUGGUUGUAUAUAUCAGGUAAAAUUGUUCCAAAGAGCCAUGUGUUGUGUAAUGGAGAACCACUUUGAUACUGAAAUACUAAUUUGUACUCUCAUUACUAUUUACUGGUAAUAGUAUAGUGCCACAGGAAUCCUGUUCUGAUUCAAAACUGUUGCAUCCCUUUUUGUGGAACAUUAUAUUUCCAUAAGGAUUCAGUAUGUUCUUUUCCCUUGUGCCCUAGGAUGAAGCUGGUUUUUAUGCUUUUUCUUUAUCAUUGGCCCUCAAUUCAAGCACUUUAAGCUGUCUGUAAUGGAUCUAUUUUUGCACUGGAAUAUCUGAGAUUUGCAAAACUAGACAAAAGUUUCAGAGCAGAUUUCUAAGUUAAAUCAUUUUCAUUAAAAGAAAAAAAACUGAAAAAAAUUGUAUUGUGAAUAACUUUAUAUGAAGUGUUUUUAAAAAGCCUGUUUCUAUGUUAUGAGUCACAAAAUAAAGCUGUGACAGUCCUGCUGGUCUACACAAA